UUUUACUGUGUCAGAAAGGAAACACAAACGUGCGUGUGUCUGGAAAUAAAGGUCUCACGCAGGUCAGUUGUUCCACAAAAUCCGUGGGUCUGCCGUAAGCGCGUGAGUGACAGGCUCUUCCUCGCGCGUCCUGUCUCUGGGGAGUGGAGGUUGGGCGGUGCGAGCUGAUCCGUUCACUUCAGACGAGGACACGCAGCAUUAGGCGCGCGUGGGAGCGUGGAGGAGGGCUUCACCAGUCGCUCUCGAGCAGGGAGUGUGGGGGAGAAAGCCAGCCGUUAGCGCAGCGCGGGAGACCUAUGCAUCGGAUUUGGAUUUUGUUUCUUUGUUCGCCACCGGAGCGAUGCUGCGGAGCCUCGUGCUGUUUUUCAGCGUGCUGGGCGCUUGCUGCGGAUCAAGUUUCCCAAGCAACAUCAACAUAGGGGGGCUGUUUCCUGCGGACUCGCAUGAGUAUGAAGCGUUCCGCUUCGCGCUCUCACACCAGCAGGAUGUCCCCAAGCUCGUGCCGCAGGUGGACAUGGUCAAGAGCGGGAACAGUUUCUCUAUGACUUAUGCAUUCUGUUCCCAGUUUGCUAAGGGUGUGUAUGCAAUCAUCGGCGUGUAUGACCGGCGCACGGUGAACAUGCUCAUGUCGUUCUGCGGAGCGCUGCACGUCUGCUUCGUCACGCCCAGCUUCCCCGUCGCUGCUGCCAACCAGUUCGUCAUCCAGCUCAGGCCUCAGCUGCAGGGGGCGCUACUGAGCAUCAUCGAGUUCUACAGGUGGACACGCUUCACCUACCUCUACAGCUCGGACUCAGGUCUCACCAUGCUGCAGCGGGUGCUGGACAGUGCAGCGGAGCGCGGUUGGCACGUGGUGUCGGUGAAUGUGGAGAGUGUGUCGGAGGCGUCCUUCUCUAAACUCUACCUGGACAUGGAGACGCGCAAGGAGGGACACGUCAUUAUCGACUGUGAGAUGGACAGACUGGCCUCAGUGCUGAAGAAGAUUGUUGAACUGAGGAAGAAUGUGAAGAACUUUCAUUACAUUCUUGCAAAUCCUGGCUUUUUGGACAUUGAUCUGUUGGAGUUCAAGAAGGGCGGGGCCAAUGUGACCGGAUUUCAGCUGGUGAAUGGGGAGGAUCCUUCUGUUAGCCACACCCUCCAGCAAUGGCUGCAGUUUGAGACAAAAGAUGCCAAAGCUCCUCGAAAGGGCCUGAAGUACACAGGAGCACUGACAUAUGACGGGGUGAAAGUCAUGGCAACAGCGUUCCAGAAUCUCAGACGACAGCGAAUAGACAUCUCUCGCCGUGGCAACGCAGGAGAGUGUCUGGCAAAUCCUCCUGCACCCUGGGGCCAGGGCAUCGACAUCCAGAGAGCCCUACAGCAGGUCCGUAUUGAUGGGCUAACAGGUCACAUCCAGUUUGAUGAGAAGGGCCGCCGGAUCAACUACACGCUGGGGGUGAUGGAGCUGAGAACAGCAGGGCCCAAGAAGGUGGGCUACUGGAAUGAGAAUGAGAAGUUUGUUCCUACGUCCUUUCCUCCUGGCACCAACGAGACCAACGGUCUUCAGAAUCGGAGUUACAUUGUCACCACCAUUCUUGAGUCCCCCUAUGUGAUGCUGAAGAAGAACCACGACCAGCUGCAGGGGAACGAGAGGUACGAGGGCUACAUUGUGGAGCUAGCGGCGGAGAUCUCUAAGCACGUGGGCUACCGCUACGACCUCCACAUUGUCUCCGACGGCAAGUACGGCGCCAAAGACCCCGACACCAAGCAGUGGAACGGCAUGGUCGGGGAGCUGGUGUAUGGGAAGGCGGAUGUGGCGGUGGCUCCUCUGACCAUUACACUGGUCAGGGAGGAGGUGAUUGACUUCUCCAAGCCCUUCAUGAGCCUGGGCAUCUCCAUCAUGAUCAAGAAGCCCACCAAGUCCAAGCCAGGCGUGUUCUCCUUCCUGGACCCGCUGGCCUACGAGAUCUGGAUGUGCAUCGUGUUCGCCUACAUCGGCGUGAGCGUGGUGCUCUUCCUGGUCAGCCGCUUCAGUCCCUACGAGUGGCACGCCGACGACAUGGACGAGGGGGCGGGGCCACAGGACAGCCAGACACCAGGCUCCGCCCCGUCGGUUCCACAGGCCACUCCCACUCAGGAACAGAGUAAUGAAUUUGGGAUCUUCAACUCGCUUUGGUUCUCACUGGGAGCGUUCAUGCAGCAAGGCUGCGACAUCUCACCAAGGUCUCUGUCGGGGCGUAUUGUGGGGGGUGUGUGGUGGUUCUUCACCCUGAUUAUCAUCUCGUCCUACACGGCUAACCUGGCGGCGUUUCUCACGGUGGAGCGGAUGGUGUCGCCCAUAGAGAGUGCGGAGGACCUGGCCAAGCAAACGGAGAUCGCCUACGGAACCCUCGACGCUGGCUCCACCAAGGAGUUCUUCAGGAGGUCGAAGAUUGCGGUCUUUGAGAAGAUGUGGUCGUAUAUGAAGUCUGCGGACCCGUCCGUGUUUGUGAAGACGACUGACGAGGGGGUGAUGAGGGUGCGCAAGUCCAAGGGCAAGUACGCCUACCUGCUGGAGUCCACCAUGAACGAGUACAUCGAGCAGCGCCGGCCCUGCGACACCAUGAAGGUGGGCGGCAACCUGGACUCCAAGGGAUACGGCAUCGCCACGCCCAAAGGAUCCAUACUCAGGAGCCAUGUGAAUCUGGCAGUGCUGAAACUGAAUGAGCAGGGCCUGCUGGACAAGCUGAAGAACAAGUGGUGGUACGACAAGGGAGAGUGCGGCAGCGGGGGAGGAGACUCCAAGGAUAAGACGAGUGCUCUGAGUCUCAGUAAUGUCGCUGGAGUGUUCUACAUUCUGAUUGGUGGAUUGGGCCUGGCCAUGCUGGUGGCCUUGGUGGAGUUCUGCUACAAGUCUCGUGCCGAGUCCCAGCGCAUGAAGCAGUCUAUCGAUGCGGCGCUGCGCUGCUCUGGCCUGAGUGCCCUGGGAGGAGUGGCAGGGAUGGGGGGCAUGGGCGAUGGGGAGAACGGCCGACUGCUGGCCCCCGACUUCCCCAAAGCUGUGCAGAGCUGCAUGAGUCACCCGGCCGGACUGAGCCUGGGAGCUGCUGGGAUGUGAAGUGUGUGUGCAACCAAGUCUCUAAACUUAACAACCAACAUGCUAGACUUUACACUGUACACUUUACAACCAACACUCUACACUUACAUCAACACUCUACACUUUACAACCAAGACUCUACACUUACAUCAACACUACACUUUACAACCAACACUCUACACUUUACACCAACAUUUACACUUUACAACCAACACUCUAAAAUGUACACUAACACUGUAAACUUUACACUAACACAGUACACUUUACAACAACUCUCCACUCUUUACAAUCAACAUCAUAAACCAACACUCUAAAACCUCUACAAUGACUAUUGACUAAACACCCUCUACAAUGACUAAACACACUAAACCCUCUACAACGUAGGAUUACAUUCAAUACUUUACACCACUAGACAUACGUAGGAUUACAUUCAACACUUUACACCACUAGACAUACUGUACGUACUGUACGUUACUGUACGUGUUAAAUCCCAGACUCCAGCGGGACUGAGCCUGGAUGCUGCUGGCCUUUGAGAAACACUCAACUCUACUGGGCACCCUGGACACUCAGACAUAAUGACUGUGUGUACGUGUCUGUGUGUGUGAAUGUGUCUGUGUCUGUGUGUGUGUGUGUGUGUGUGUGUGGUGGCCUGCAAAGGUGAACACUCCUGUAGACACCUGUUACACAUAUAGUUGAAAAGCAGCAAAUGAAAGAUGCACACCGAGUGUCACUGCCACCAUAAUGGUCUGAUGCUGAAAGCUGGCCUAUCUGUUCCUCGUGCCCACUAGAGCACGUCCCCCUACCCACCCAUACUGCCCCUCUACCCUGACAAACACAUGCCCAUACUGCCUCUCUACCCUGGUAAACACAUGCCUAUACUGCCCCUCUACCCUGAUAAACACAUGCCCUCCUACAUGGCACUUCGUACUGCACUCAGCACUGAGAAGUCCAUAUGCAACGUUCACUCUACACAGAGAACACAGUGUUAUCGUUCCUCAUAAUCGUUCCCCCCCCCCCCCACACACACACACACACACACGUUACACACAGACAUUAAGUACCAUAUUACAGUCUACAUUCUGACCUGUCUGCUACCCCCCCCCCCCCCACACACAAACACA